AUGAAUGAUUCAGGCGAGGUCGUGCUCUCGCCAAUCAGCGCAGGCCACUGGGCCACUGGGCCACUGGUCACCUCCACGGUGAUCGUGGAUCCCGACAUCUUGUCGAGCGCCAGCGUUACCACUGUCCGUCCUUUUGUCCAUGCUCCGUGCUCCAUGCUCCGUGCUCCGUCCGCGGAGAACGCUCCGGAGCGGGCAUGGUCUGCUUUGGCGCCCGCGAGACACGGCGCUAGCGUGUGUAUAGGCAAGAUGAACGUGCAGUCGAUCUUUCUUCCGGGACAAUGCAAUGCAAGGUUAAAUUCGGGGUUGCACGGCCCCGGGCUCGACUCGCGCCCAGAUCCUGGGCUGCGUCCCGUUGGACCCGUGGUCGAGGUCGAGGUCAAGGUCAAGGUCAAGGUCACGUCUACUCCGAACACCCUAGUCAAGCCAGCGGACACCCUCGAAGGCAUAACCCAUUCGACUGCCAUGGCCAUGGCCAUGGCCCAACAUCCUUUCAUGCGCCAGCUUCUGCCACGCCCGCACCCACCUCGUCUCUUCUCGGGCGAAUCACCCGUCUGUACAACACAUCCCCGACACUCUCGGGCCAGGGACCCCUGGCCACGAAUCCCCGACUUCAAUUCCUCUUCCGGUCCCUGUCCGACGCCAUAG